AUGAGAGAGCUAGAGCAGGAAAUGGAUCUCAAGCAAAGCAAAUACCACUUAUGCAAGUUGACUGUAUGCUCAUGUCUUGCAGAUAGCAGUGACAGCGAACUGGAGUUAUCAACAGUGCGUCACCAGCCAGAAGGACUUGAGCAGCUGCAGUCUGUCACCAAAUUUACAAAGAAGGAACUUCAGUCCCUCUACAGAGGAUUUAAAAAUGAGUGUCCAAGUGGAUUAGUGGAUGAAGAAACAUUUAAGCUCAUCUAUGCUCAGUUUUUUCCUCAAGGAGAUGCCACAAUGUAUGCGCACUUUCUAUUUAACGCCUUUGACCUGGACAGAAGUGGAGCAAUCAAGUUUGAGGACUUUGUGGUUGGCUUGUCCAUUCUAUUACGAGGAACUGUCCAUGAAAAAUUAAGAUGGGCUUUUAAUCUCUAUGAUAUAAAUAAGGACGGAUAUAUCACCAAGGAGGAGAUGCUGGCCAUAAUGAAGUCCAUCUAUGACAUGAUGGGGAGGUACACUUACCCCAUGUUAAGAGAUGAUGCACCGAUAGAGCAUGUGGAAAGAUUUUUCCAGAAAAUGGACCGAAACCAUGAUGGAGUUGUGACCAUUGAUGAAUUUCUGGAGACUUGCCAAAAGGAUGAAAACAUCAUGAAGUCCAUGCAACUGUUUGAAAAUGUGAUCUAAGAGGGGAUAUGACACUCCACCCAUGCCAGCACUAGAAAUGACCCAUCCAAUGGUGUAUGCCCACGCUUGGAUCACAGACACCCCUCUUCCUUGUGUCACGAACAGUCAAUGGAUGGAGUAAUCUCUCUCCCAGGGAACAUAUGAUCCUUCUUACUGCCUGCCUGUUUGCACUGAUCCCUUCCUUCUCCUCACAGUAACAAACUCACCUUUUUAGGGACUGUUUUAUAUUAUUAGAGGAUAAAAAAAA